UUGCGGUCCAGUGCUUGCUGCCACCGCUGCAGCUGGGACCACCUUUUGAACUGGGUUUAUCCCCCUCUCCAGCUGUCUUGAAGUACUUUGCUCCGUCCCUGAUCCCAAUCCUAUUCCUCACCCCAUUUACCAUUUACAGUGCACUACGCCCACUUCAGUCAACUCGUAAACGGCUCCCGUUGGACUUUCAGCCUAAUCUUUUCCUCCUCAAACCUCGCUGUCUGUCGCGACGUUACCAUCCAACCUCUCACCUCUACGAAACAGGCUCGGAUUAGUCUCGACAAUACCCUCCUUCGUCUUCUCUGUUGUUUGGCUUCAAGUUCACAACGGCUUUGCUUUGUCUCAUCUUCGCCCGUUUCUACUCGACAGGGUCAUCGCCCACUGUCACCUUGUGUAUUGUACUGUGACCGUAUCCAAACUCUCGACAAUCGAGGAUGCUGCGCAGUCGACCGCUGUUGCGUCCCUAGUUUGGUCAUCGUCCUGCCUUGCGUCGUACUGUUUUCGAGUAUUCUCUACAAUCCACCGACCCGGCGCUGUGUCAUCCAUCGACACAAAUCUGCAAUCUAUACCCAUCCACCCACUCUAGACGUCCGACUCGGCGCAGCCAGAAAAUAUUUAUAUAUAAAACAAAAGGAAACCAGCAAAAAAUUUCUUUCUCCAUUACUCAGCUGCGAAUUAGCAGUCUACCUGCAUCACCAUGGUUGACGACGCGGCCCUCGCCGCUGCGGCUUCGAUUGUCGCCUCGAUUGCUCCAGAUCCCCGUCUGCCCAAUUCGAUACCGGUUGGUGUAGCUUCUCAGGUGCAACUCCCAGGGCCAGAUACCCCCGCCAAGCGCAAGCUCGAACUCGAGCUUCAGAACCUUGCUCUACGUGUUGGAAAGCUCGAGAGCCAGGCCUCAGCUACCUCUCCAUUCCCAGAAACGCCCAACGAGGUUAUUGACACUCUUUUUGGCGAAGAGGCUCAGGCUGUGGCGGUCCGUCCCAAGCCUAAAGUCUUUCACGCCCAAGGUAGCCUGCACUCUCCGCAUCUGCCAUCUUAUCAGCUGACCGAAGAAGCCCUUGAAGGACUUCGAGAACAUGUGGACGACCAAUCCAAGUUACUCGAUAGUCAGCGCCAGGAGCUCGCUGGUGUAAAUGCUCAGCUCUUGGAGCAGAAGCAGCUACAAGAGCGAGCCCUCGAGAUCCUCGAGCAGGAACGUAUUGCUACUCUGGAGCGCGAGCUUUGGAAGCAUCAGAAAGCCAACGAGGCUUUCCAAAAGGCUCUACGAGAAAUUGGAGAGAUUGUUACAGCCGUUGCUCGCGGUGAUUUGACCAUGAAGGUUCGCAUGAACACUGUUGAAAUGGACCCUGAAAUCACAACAUUCAAGCGCACUAUCAACGCUAUGAUGGACCAGCUGCAAAUAUUUGCUAGCGAAGUCUCGCGAGUCGCUCGUGAAGUCGGUACCGAAGGAUUGCUUGGUGGCCAAGCCCGUAUCGGCGGCGUCGACGGAACAUGGAAGGAAUUGACUGACAACGUAAACGUUAUGGCCCAGAAUCUUACUGAUCAAGUGAGGGAGAUAGCAUCGGUUACCACCGCCGUGGCCCACGGCGAUCUGACUAAAAAGAUCGAACGACCUGCCAGAGGCGAGAUAUUGCAAUUACAACAAACGAUUAACACCAUGGUGGACCAAUUACGAACAUUUGCUUCUGAAGUCACACGUGUAGCGAGAGAUGUCGGGACCGAAGGCAUGCUAGGCGGGCAAGCCGAUGUUGGGGGAGUGCAGGGCAUGUGGAACGAUCUCACCGUCAAUGUCAAUGCCAUGGCCAACAACUUGACGACUCAAGUGCGCGACAUUAUCAAGGUUACCACAGCUGUCGCCAAGGGAGAUCUUACACAAAAGGUCCAAGCCGAUUGCAGGGGAGAGAUAUUCGAGCUCAAGUCAACCAUCAACUCCAUGGUUGACCAGCUGCAACAGUUCGCCCGCGAGGUUACCAAGAUUGCCCGUGAAGUCGGAACCGAAGGACGCCUGGGAGGGCAGGCCACUGUGCAUGAUGUUGAAGGCACCUGGAGGGACCUGACGGAGAACGUCAACGGCAUGGCCAUGAACUUGACCACUCAAGUGCGAGAAAUUGCCAAGGUUACAACAGCUGUCGCCAAAGGUGACUUGACAAAGAAGAUUGGGGUUGAGGUCAAGGGUGAAAUUGCAGAACUGAAGAACACCAUUAACCAGAUGGUGGAUCGUCUUGGUACGUUUGCCGUUGAGGUGAGCAAGGUAGCCAGGGAAGUAGGCACAGAUGGAACAUUGGGUGGACAGGCUCAAGUUGCCAAUGUUGAAGGUAAAUGGAAGGAUCUCACAGAAAACGUCAACACAAUGGCGUCAAAUCUCACAGUCCAGGUCCGAAGUAUCUCAACAGUUACUCAAGCCAUUGCGAACGGCGACAUGAGCCAGAAGAUCAAGGUCGAAGCAAAUGGAGAGAUACAAGUGCUGAAAGAAACCAUCAAUAACAUGGUUGACCGUUUGUCUAGCUUCUGUUACGAAGUGCAGCGAGUUGCCAAGGAUGUGGGUGUUGAUGGAAAGAUGGGUGCUCAAGCCGACGUAGGUGGUCUAGACGGCCGCUGGAAAGAGAUCACCACAGAUGUCAACACAAUGGCCAGUAACCUGACUACACAAGUGCGCGCCUUCUCAGAUAUAACCAACUUGGCCACCGACGGGGAUUUCACCAAGCUAGUCGACGUCGAAGCAUCGGGUGAGAUGGACGAGCUCAAGCGCAAGAUCAACCAGAUGAUUUCAAAUCUGCGCGAUUCUAUUCAGCGUAAUACUCAGGCCAGAGAAGCUGCCGAACUUGCCAACAAGACCAAGUCAGAGUUCCUCGCCAACAUGUCCCAUGAAAUUCGAACGCCGAUGAACGGUAUCAUCGGAAUGACUCAACUGACAUUAGACACCGAUCUGACUCAAUAUCAGAGGGAGAUGCUUAACAUUGUCAAUAAUCUUGCCAAUAGCCUCUUGACGAUAAUUGACGAUAUCUUGGAUCUUUCCAAGAUUGAAGCUCGGAGAAUGGUCAUUGAGGAGAUUCCUUACACACUGCGUGGAACCGUCUUCAAUGCCCUCAAGACUCUCGCUGUCAAGGCAAAUGAGAAGUUCUUGGAUCUCACCUACAAGGUCGAUAGCUCCGUGCCUGACUACGUUAUUGGCGACUCCUUCCGUCUCAGACAAAUUAUCCUCAACCUUGUUGGCAAUGCUAUCAAGUUCACAGAGCAUGGUGAGGUCAGCCUAACGAUCAAGGAGAGCAUGGGGCAAAACAAUGUCCGACCUGGAGAGUAUGCGGUUGAGUUUGUCGUGGAGGACACGGGCAUAGGAAUCGCCCAAGAUAAACUGGAUUUGAUCUUCGACACGUUCCAACAAGCGGAUGGUUCCAUGACGCGCAAGUUUGGCGGAACAGGUCUAGGUCUAUCUAUUUCGAAACGACUCGUCAAUCUCAUGGGUGGUGAUCUCUGGGUAAACAGUGAACAUGGCAAGGGCAGUGAAUUUCACUUCACAUGCUUAGUCAAGCUUGCUCCUGACGAUGCUGCUCUGAUCGAGCAACAGAUCCGCCCCUACCGAGGUCAUCAAGUGCUAUUCGUCGACAAGGCCCAGUCGCAGAACGCCACCUCAAUCAAGCCUAUGCUUGAGAAGAUCGGGCUGAAGCCUGUCGUUGUGGAUUCGGAGAAGAGUCCUGCGCUGACUCGUCUUCAAAGCGGUGGCUCCCUUCCCUAUGAUGCUAUCCUCGUCGAUUCCAUCGACACCGCGAGAAGGUUAAGAGCCGUGGACGAUUUCAAGUACCUUCCUAUCGUCUUGCUGGCACCAGUUGUUCACGUUAGUCUGAAGUCGUGCUUGGAUCUGGGAAUCACGUCGUAUAUGACCACGCCAUGCAAGCUCAUUGAUCUAGGAAAUGGCAUGAUUCCGGCUCUCGAGAACCGGGCGACACCUUCACUCGCUGACAACACGAAAUCUUUCGAAAUUCUGCUCGCCGAAGACAACACCGUCAACCAACGAUUAGCAGUGAAAAUUCUCGAGAAGUAUCACCAUGUGGUAACAGUGGUUGGCAACGGCUGGGAAGCUGUCAAAGCCGUCCAAAGCAAGAAAUUCGAUGUCAUUCUUAUGGAUGUACAAAUGCCGAUCAUGGGAGGCUUCGAAGCCACGGGCAAGAUUCGAGAAUACGAACGUGGCAUAGGGAGCCAUCGCACACCCAUCAUUGCCCUAACGGCCCACGCCAUGAUGGGUGACCGAGAGAAGUGUAUCCAAGCUCAGAUGGACGAGUAUUUGUCCAAACCCUUGCAGCAAAACCAUCUCAUCCAGACGAUCCUCAAGUGCGCGACGCUCGGCGGCCCUUUGCUUGAAAAGAAUCGUGAACGGGAACUGGCACUUCAUGCCGAGACGAAAUCGAAGCACAAGGAGGGGGGACAGGGUCUGCUACGACCCACACUCGAGAGCCGCUCAUUCACGAGUCGAGAACCUCUGUUGGGAAAUGGCAAGGAGAGCCCUGCCAUUCUGGCUACUGAUGAGGAUCCCCUGGCAAGAGCACGUCUUGACCUCUCUGAUAUGCGAAGUCUUACCAACUAACUGGUUCUCGCAUUUCAGGCUUUCAUGAGAUCGCUCAGUCAGUAACGAGAUGACGAUGGAUCAAAUGCCUACGUCCGUCAUUGCGAAAUACUACUGCACAUUGUGAGGCAACCAGUUGAGAUUCACCGCAGGGUCUUUUCCGGUCACCACACCACUCCUGUGCCCCUCGUGGAUUUUAUGACAAUACCAACUGUCUAUCACGGGAGCUGGUGCAUGAACUGGCCAUGACCGACAUGGAGUUCACGAACUUGAGGCACUGGUUGAUUAAGCGACAGCGAAUCAUGAUACCUGGCAAGGUCCAAAGCACUAUGUCUCGGCGUUUCUCACCUUCCAUUUGCUUAAGGCUUGAGAUGGACAUAAUUCUUUUUUAUCGCAUUAUAUUUGUCAUGUGGCGUUUCUGGGGUUUUCAUGGGAGGACGAUUACGUCAAACUUCCUGCAAAGAAGGACGUUUAUCGAUCCAGUUGCUCGUAACAACGACGUAUAUCGAUUUAGAUGAACAUGAUCCGACAACAAAAACAUAAGUAUACGAUACAUGUCGGCGACCACAGUUAGAAUAAGGAAGGGACGAUUGGAGAAGGGUCACUCGAGGAUGGGGGGUUUCACAUGGAUUGCUGUUUGAUCUUUUGCUCUACGGGUUUGCUCAUCGCGUUUUGUCCGGUUUUUCUCUGCUUGUUCAUGUUAUUAUUUCAUUUUGCCCUUCUAUACGGGGCUGGACAUGAGCCUCUGAGCUCGAGGAGUACGUGGGAUCGAAAGAUAGGUGAGAGAAUAGGGAUGUCUUUUCAACGAAAUAGGGAAUGAUUAUCAAAUGGCCGCUACCGUCCAGAUAUUUCAGGCAUAAGAGUCUUUGGGGAAGAGACUGAUGAAUGGCUUGACACCCUGCUUCCCUUGUCUUGUCUACUAUGUGAAAUAAUGUGAAGCCACUGCUCGAACUGGUUGGUCGCUUAGGUUGCAUCCUUUUCAAUCUUUUCUGCGUCGCCAUUAGCACCGUCCAGUGAUCUGCCCUUCUGAUCUUUGUCUGCAGCUCCCGGGGAGCUGUUGACCUUAGCUGCGGUGGCGGGCAUCUGUGGGGUUUCUCUGGCUUCUAAAGCAGCGAGGAUGGCAUCGAGUCUGCUCUCAAGGUUUGAAAGAUUAUUCUCAAGCGCUGUGGCCGCUUGCUCGCCUCUAUGGAGCCUUUGUGUCAGUUGCGGUUCUUAAAAAUUCGCUCUUAGAGUUUGAUGCCAGAGUGGCAGGGAGGCGAAGGUCAUGUCAAGGGUAGUGAGGUGUGUAGGAACAGGAACGACUGCGUCAUGCAAGCUGUGAAGAUAUCGUGAUACGUCUAUGCUAGGGAUGCUCGCCUCGCUUGCGAGUCACCAAGACAGCCCAAGAACUUAUAUAACCAAUGAAAUGCAUGUCGAGCGACUUAAGAACGUAGUGAUACAAGGGCCAGGAGGCAAUCGGAGACUUCCUUCACCGACGAAGGGACUGUACAAUCCGGGAGAUGCAAGGGUAGUGAUGGGUGAUUAUCGGUGCCAAUAGAUGCCGAUCUCCCGAGGACCUUGUUCAGCUGAGGUUCUUGAGAUUCAGAUUCUGAAAAAUGGCAUUUUGAAAAUCGCCAUCGCCAUGGCUAAACGCUUUGGCCAUAGCUAGGUGUCGGGCACGCCGGUAGGUGAAUAGAUCUGUGAACUGAGACUCAAGUCAAGGGAUCUAGAGGCCGAGGAGUUUUUCGUUGCAUGCAGGGUCCGACCAAAAAGUUGGACGGAAGCAAUUCAGGUGAUUUGAUGGCAAAUGGUGGCAAGGAGAAUGUGUAAAGCAGAAAUGCGAGAGUGGGAAGGCCGUGGAUGGGAAGGAUAGGUCGUGUGAGAGGGAGUGUGAAUGUGAAUAAACAGUGAGAUGAACUGGAGAAUGACGUUGAACUUUGGAAUAGUAUACCUGGCAAGGUCUCGGUAGGCCUGGAACAGAAAAUUGUCAGUGAACGGACAUGCAAUAUUAUGCAAUGCAGUGCAAUAGCGAUAGUGAGGGAUAGAUUGACAAUGAGAGUAAACGGGAGGGUGUGUGAGCAGAAGAAUGCUGACAACAAAAUAGUGAUAUGAUACCGGUAUUCCCCCAAGGUCCAACCAGCCCCAGGAUCCAGGGAUCAGAGAUGCAGAAUGCAGGAUGCCAAUGUGAAUGCAGAUGCAAAUCAGGAGGGUUCGACUCGUGGCAGCCAAGCGAAGCGAGAAGGUCUCGACCAACUGGCUGGGUCUAGCUAAGGUAUAAAACGUUCCACGGGCAGGCCGGGUCUAGACUUUUUGGGGUGGGAAUAGACAGGGAAUCAAUGAAUGGCAUGUUGAGGAAUGGUAUUGAGAUUGGGGAACAGAAAGAGCAUUAUUUGUGACGCUUGGUUGUCAGAUCGAACAACCGGUAAACAAAUCGAACAAAUAUAUCAACGAUCAUCUCGGCCAUCAUGGUGUUGUUUUGCUGCUAUUCCGUAAUUGGAGAGAGGGCAAAGUGUGUCAUCCCCACACGUUUUUGUUUGUUCUUUUGGAGCGGCAAACUGAUAUCGGAGCAACAUAUGUAGGAGAGUUCAAAAAAAAAGAAAAAAAGAUCAUGACUUGACUCACCUGGGCCAAAUCGGCAUCCCCCGAACUUGAACCCGAGGCCGGAGGCUUUGUGGCUCGGUUGUUUGUGUCAGAUGGGGCCAUGGUGUUCAACUUCCUUUUUGCCGUCUAGACAGAGGCAAGUAAUCAACGACAAGGAAUAGGCAGGUCUUCAAUGCGAUGAUUGGUUGAGCGGAACGAAGCAAUUACCUCGUCUCUUGGUGGCCGUGGAUGAUAUUGUUUGCGCUGUUUGUUGUGAGAGAACGGAGAAACUGAGG